UUCACACUCCGUCGUUCACGCCGGGUUUUCGCCGCGGCCAGAAUCCAUGUUGUUUCUGUCUCUUUCCCACAGCGACGGAGCUCGUGAGCGGCCCGUCCAAUAACCCUUCGCGUUACUGGGACCUGUGUGUCUGAGAGUCGAGAGUGUGUUUGUAUUCACCCCCCUCCCUCAAAAAGAAGAUGGCAGACUUUCGGGACGACACCGGAGCUCGAGCCCUACUGGCCUUGCAAUCUGCCCCGUGCAGCCCUGUUCGAGUCGGGGUGACCUCACCCGCAUACCCUCCCAAUUUCACCUUCUCGGGCUCUUCGGUGCUGAGUCGGGGCUGCGCGAUGCCUCCUCGCCUCGCGUCUCCUCCUCGGGCCCUGGCCAGGCUCGAAGGCCGGGACUUUGAUUUCGUCAUGAGGCAGCGGACAGUGACCGUAGGCCGUAACUCGUCGCACGGCUCCGUGGAUAUAAACAUGGGUCACUCGAGCUUCAUCUCUCGGCGGCACCUGCAGAUCACCUUCGAGGAGCCGUGCGGGUUUUCGCUGCGCUGCCUCGGGAAGAACGGCGUCUUCGUGGACGGCGUGUUUCAGAGGAGAGGCGCGCCUCCCCUGCAGCUGCCCCGGGAAUGUGCGUUCAGGUUCCCCAGUACAGUGAUCAAAAUCCAGUUCUCCUCUCUGUUGUCUGGGGACGAGUCGAGAGAGGAGGAGCAGCGGUCUCCCCCGCCCCGCCUCACCCUCCUCCCACACAUCUCCCCCCUCAAGAUCAGCAUUCCCACAAUGCACCACGAGGACCUGAGACACCUGGUCAGCCCGCUGCCCUCUCCGACAGGGACCCUCAGGUGAGGAGACACACCAACACAUGCCUGCU